AUGGAAACGCCCCGCUCGCCGUCCCGCUCGACCCGCAGCCUAUCGCCGCCCAAGCCGGGCGCGGCCGGGCCCACGUACCCGGCGUCAGCGCUGCCCCGGCGCCGCACCAACGCACGCUCCAUGUUCGGCGACCGGUACAUCCCCAACCGCACGGGCAUCGACCUCCAGGCGGCGUUCAGCUUGUCCAACCAGGAUGUGGUGCCAGACCUCCGCAACCGCCGCGGCCUGCACCGCCAUGCGCACACGGGACCCGCCGACGGCGCGGCCAACGAGAUUGAGCUCCGCAAGGAGGAGGAGGCCAACCGCAACUUCUCCAGCGUGUUGAAGGCCGAGCUCUUCGGCGACCACGUGCCCACAGCCACGGCGGACCUUUCACAGGGCCGCGACGGGCCGCCCGCCGCCGGCACAGACCUACCCGCAACCGUGCGCCCCGCCAACGCCCGCCCCACUACCAUAACGGCGUCCGGGCUGGGCCGCACCACGCCGCCCCCGGUGGAUCCCGCUGCUGCGGGCACGCCGCGCCUGAAGACAAACUUGUUCACGUACCAGCUGCCUAGCAAGGCGCGGCCGGUGUCGCGGGACUUGCAGCAGGAGUUGUUCUCGCUCUCGCCGGUGCGGCAGGAGUCGCAGCGGUUCUUGCUCAGCCCGCAGAAGAAGCCCCGGCUGAUCUCUAAGGUGCCGUACCGCGUGCUCGACGCACCAGACUUGUCCGACGACUUCUACCUCAACUUGGUCGACUGGGGCUCGCAGGACGUGUUGGCCGUCGGCUUGGGCGACUCCGUGUACCUCUGGGACGGGCUGACGCAGCUGGUGGAGCGGCUCUGCGUGCUCGAAAACAAGGACAAGGUCACGUCCUUGAGCUGGAUCGGCGCCGGCACCCACUUGGCCCUAGGCACGCUGCGCGGCUUGGUCGAGAUCUGGGACGCCACCAAGAUGAAGUGCGUGCGCACCAUGACGGGCCACAAGCUCCGCGUCAGCGCCUUGGCCUGGAACGAACACGUUCUCUCCAGCGGCUCCCGUGACCGCACCAUCUACAACCGGGACGUCAGGGUGCAAAGCCACUACAUCAACAGCUUCCACUCGCACAAGCAGGAGGUCUGCGGCUUGAGUUGGAACGUCGAGGAGAACAAGUUGGCCAGCGGCGGCAAUGACAACAACCUAUUCAUCUGGGAUGCUUUGAACACCAAGCCGCUCCACCUGUUCACGGAGCACAACGCCGCCGUCAAAGCCAUCGCCUGGUCGCCGCACCAGCGCGGCAUUUUGGCCUCGGGCGGCGGAACCGCAGACAAGACAAUCAAAGUGUGGAACACACUCACGGGGAACCGUGUGCACAACGUGGAGACGGGCUCACAGGUAUGCAAUUUGAUCUGGUCGAAAAACUCCAAUGAAAUUGUCUCGACGCACGGCUUUUCGCGCAACCAGAUCAUCGUGUGGAAGUACCCGUCCAUGCAGCAGAUUGCCCAGUUGAGGGGCCACACGUACCGUGUGCUCUACUUGUCGUUAUCUCCCGACGGAGAGACGAUCGUCACCGGCGCAGGAGACGAGACACUACGAUUCUGGAACGUUUUUGAGAAAAACAGGAACAACGAGCCGGCUUCGUCUGUGCUCAUGGACGCUUUCCUGCAGUUGAGAUAG